AUGUGCAGUGAAGGUCUUAGGUUGACGUGUUUACGUUGUGAUAACGUCCUAGAGCCUCGUUUCUGUGAGAGGAUAGAGUACUGCCAAGACGGUGAAGUGUGUGGAGUACGAAGGUACCAGAGAGAAAACGGUGAUACAUCUUUCUGGAUUGGCUGUCUACAGCAGUCGAACUGUACAAAAAUCACCAACAGAACGAUUGUACAGACAAAGAAACGUAAGAUUCAUGGAUCAGUUUUGUGUCAUGAGUGUUGCCAUGGUGAUUUAUGUAAUGCAGAAGGCUGUGGGGCACCAGCCUAUCCUACAUCUAGAGGGCCGAUCUGUUUUAACUGUGCUCACACGUUAAACCCCUCAGACUGUCAUCACGUGACUCUAUGUGGAACCAAUGAGAUGUGUUUCCUUGGGGAGAGUCUUGAGCUCAGACAACGUUUCUUCAAAAGUCAAUGUAAAGAUACACACGCGUGUGAAAAUCACAUAUCGACAGCAGCUAUUGUUGGAAAAAAGCGAUCUCUGAAGGAUCAGAGGUCAAAUGCACCAUGCUCAGGUUGUUGUCAAGAAGAUCUCUGUAAUAUCAACUGUAACGCUAUAUUUACUUCAGGUACCAGCAUCAACACAAGAACUACUAGCGCACCGGCUCAUGUCACAGAAAUACCUGACAAUUACGCCUUCUACGCACAGCUGACGUCAUCAACGACAAACAAUUACGUCAUAUUUGACAACGUUACAACCAAUGAAGGCUUGGCGUACAGCGGGAGCACGGGAGUCUUUACUUGUAAAUACAGUGGACCGUAUGUCUUUUCGUGGACCAUAGCGACCAGUAGUCAUCGCUACACAGGAGCAGAUCUACUUAUCAACGAUGUCUCACUCGGUUCCUCCUUCACAGACUCCCGAGGAAACAUUACUGGCGACUCAAGCACGGGAUUUGUUGUGUAUGACCUGAAGUUUGGUGACAAGGUCAGAGUCAAGGUCAAUGGAACCGCUGACGCAAUGUUGUCCACGUUCUCUGGUUGGCGACUUCAUUACAAUGAUUCGUACUUCUAUGCAAGAGCCUUGACUUCAUUGACUAGACCCUCCUCUUCUUCUUACGGCUUUAACUUCCAAGAUGUAAUUUCCAACGACGGACACGUCUACAAUUCCGGACACGGCACGUUUGUCUGUCCAGAGUCAGGCUUGUAUGCUUUUGCUUUUUCCUUGGAGGCACAUCAUCGGGAUUUCAUGGUUUACUUUUACCGAAAUGGCAAGAAGUUAAAUGAACUUGGGGUGUGGCCGGAUUCCUCUUCAGGGCCCUACGAGGACACCUCUUCCACCUUACAACUUUUCCCCCUGACCCGCGGGGACAGAGUGUAUCUUUAUCCAACUGAUUCUGAUAGCACUAUAGAACCUAUACAUUCAUCAUUUUCUGGAUGGCUCAUUGGGUCAACGAGUUCCUGCUCAGCUUUUAUGGCGAUGGCCCCUUUCUCCACAUCCUCUUCUCCCCUCUUCUUCAGCACAGAGUAUCUAGACACAUCCAACUUGUUCUACUACGAUAGAUUUCAAGCUAACAAAGAUGGCGUUUAUUUAUUCUUCUGGAAUAUGGAAGCUGGUAAUAGACACCUUAAGUCCUGGCUGCAAGUUAAUAACAGAACUGUCGGACAAACGAUCUCUGAUGGACGAAAUGCAGGCUAUGAUAGCGGUUCCAAUCUCGCCAUUUUACGCCUGCACAUGAACGACAUCGUCACUGUUAUACAGGAUUCAAGAGCUGUCGGAGACCAGACCAUGAUAUCCGGUUAUUUUAUGUUCUCCUGAACUUCU